AUGGGGUGCAGGCAGCUUAUUGUGCUGAGCUUUGCGCUUGCCUGCGUCAGCUUUAGUGACCCUCGGCUCGACGGUGCGGGCGUGCCGGCCCGCCGGGGGGUCGGAGUGCAGAAGUCGACAGCAGCUGAAGCCAAUCUGGCAGCAGCAGUAGCUGAGAGGAAGCCCUCCAGUUGGUCUCCCCAGCUGCUCAGCAGGCUCCAGAGAAAGCAGGCCCAGGAAGCGCUCCCCCCUCUCUCCUGGAAGUUCCCAGAAGACCCCGUGAAUCCUGUGAAGGAGCUCCCUGUUGAGUUCAGGCGGCAGCUGCCGGUGGAGUCUGACCGUCUUGCUGUGAGGUGCGGGCAGAAAAAGGUUUAUGUGGAGGUCAGUCAGGACCUGACGGGUCUCGGCUCCCUGAUCGAGCCAGAUGAUCUCACGCUUGGUGGUUGUCCAGCCACAGAGGUGGAUGAAGAGGCUCAUGUGCUGGUCUUUGAGUCUGACCUGCACGGCUGUGGCAGCUCACUGGUGAUGACGGACGACGUCUUCAUUUAUGCCUUUGUGCUGCUAUACAAGCCUCCAGUGUUGGGUAGAGGUCUCAUCACAAGAAGCCAGAGAGCUGCCAUCGGAGUGGAGUGCCACUACAAGAGGAAGUCCAGUGCGAGUGUUGGGCCUUUAAACUUCCAGAGCAAGCAUGUUAAGGAGCAUCCCCACUUCGCUCUGAAGCUCAAGAAUGGUUGGUUUCUGGACUCUAUGAUUGGCGUUCUGAGAGAUCCUCAAACCGGUAUUCGUUGA